AUGGCCAGUGGUAGUAUUUUGUCUGCCCGUGGUGGUGAACGGUUUCAUGAUCCUCAUCUCUAUAGGAGUAUUGUGGGCUCUUUACAAUAUGCUACUGUCACUCAUCAAGAGAUCUCUUAUUCAGUUAAUAAAGCUUUCCCCGUGCACUCCGUGAUCACUCAUUUCUAUAUCAAUGGUGUUCUUCUCUCCAAAUCAUCUCAACUUCGGGUCCAUGGCUUUGCUGAUGCUGACUGGGCUUCAGACCCAGAUGAUAGGAAGUCCACCUCUGGUUAUUGCAUUUAUUUUGGAGGAAAUUUGGUUGCUUAG